AUGUUCUUCUCGGGGGCCGUGGCUUCGGGUGGCGCCACGGACGCGCAUUUCCCUCCAUCCAAAGCCGUGAUCCUCAUUGGCGGUCCGAAUCAACCUGGCAACCACUUCCGUCCGCUGUCGCUGGACCUGCCGAAACCGCUGUUCCAAUUGGCUGGUCGAGAAAUGCUCUAUUUCCACGUGGAGGCGUGUGCUCGCGUCCCUAAUUUACAGGAGAUCUUGAUGAUUGGCUCGUACGAUGAAGGGCUCUUCUCCCGCUUCUUUGACUCGGUCUGUCGGCACUUUAACGUGCAGAUCCGGUACCUGCGCGAAGAAAAAGCGCUGGGGACAGCGGGAGGGAUCCGCUUUUUCCGGAACGAGAUCCUGGACAAAGACCCCGUGCACCUCUUUGUACUGCACUGUGACGUGUGCUGCUCGUUUCCGCUGAACGAGAUGAUGCACUUCCACUUGAAACAUCAGGGCACGUGCACGGUGCUGGGAAAACGGGUGUUUCAUGAUGAAGCAAAGAAGUACGGCUGUCUUGUUGCAGAUCCUGUGAGUAAGGAGAUCCUGCACUGGGCAGAGAAACCAGAGACGUUUGUAAGUGACAUUAUCAACUGCGGGGUCUACCUUUUUGAUGUGGCGCUUAUGGACACGAUCGUCAGUGUGGGGGACAAGAUCAGUCGACAGAGACUGCGUAGUGAGUCCAACUCGGAAGCGAACACGCAGCACGAUCUCAAGAAACUCUUUCCUGAAUUCAGUAAUCGUGACAAUCUCCGACUAGAGCAAGAUAUUCUGCUACCCCUUGCUGAUCAGCACUGCCUCUACGUACACGAGCUCGGCGAUUUCUGGUGUCAGAUCAAGACGCCUGGAAUGGCAAUCACGUGCUCGGAGCUUUACAUGCAGCGGUUCCGGUUUACAAAUCCUAGUGCUCUAAGCACAACGGGUGGGAAGUUGUCUCCGAUAAUUGAAGGCAAUGUGGUCAUCGACAUUUCAGCGAACGUGCAUCCGACGGCAAAGCUGGGUCCAAAUGUGACCAUUGCAGCUGGUGUGAUCAUCGGAGCGGGAGUAAGAGUUGCUCACUCGAUUAUUCUUGAGGGCGUGACCAUCAAGGACCACGCGUGCGUGCUUUUCUGCAUCAUCGGCUGGAAUUCCAUUAUCGGCCAGUGGGCUCGAAUCGAAGGACAACCGCCAAACGCCGCGCAAAUUCAGGUGCAUUCGGCAGAGACAUCGCUCGCGCGAGACGUGACCAUCUUCGGUGUGUCAGUCAUUGCGAACCCGGAGAUCAUUGUUCGCAAUUGCAUCGUUCUGCCACACAAGACGCUCACGCAAAGCUACCACGAUGAAAUUCUAUUGUAA